AUGGAGACAACCAAAGGGGGAAAGGUGAUGAACCCCACCGAUGCCUACCGGAAGGAGAUACGGAAGGAGGUCAAAUGGAUUGAGGCUUCAGGAGGUCAGGCUCUCACUUAUGGAGGAGAUGUUUCAAAAGAAGAGGAUGUGGAAUCCAUGGUCAAAACUGCAGUAGAUGCUUGGGGAUCAGUUGACAUUUUAGUUAACAAUGCAGUUGUCUGGAAUUAUACUUAUGUUUAUCUUGUCUUGUUGCAUGCAUUUUCAUAUCUUAUUAUCUUGCAAUCUUUUAUGAUGAAUACUUAUUUCACCAUGAUGGCAUUUCUCCUGCAGGCAGAAACAAAAAUUAUGAUGAAGAAGAAAAAGGUGAAUGCUAUUGUGCCGGGGUUCAUUGCAUCUGAUAUGACAGCUAAACUAGGAGAAGAUAUCGAGAAAAAGAUUUUGGAAACUAUUCCAAUGGAAAGCUAUCCUUCAUGUCUUUUUCUUGCUAUGAAGGGCUUCCCCUCUGAACGUACUACAGCAUGGACUCCAUUAAGAAAAAAUAUUAUGGCAGCAGUGGUUAUUGCCUUCUUGAAUUUGCCAAAUGUAGAUGUCAAGCUGCUUCUAAUUUAUUGA